UGAAGCUCGAUGACGUCACAAAUUCGAGCUUCGGCUGUCGGCAGCGACGUUGACUUCAACUGCCACGGUGCUGCCAACAGCAACGUCGACGCCGACGUCGGCUAUAUCCAAUAGCGCGCCAAAAUAAGAAGUCGAAAUUCAUUCCUUUCGAGCCCACAACGUUCAAAAUCGUUUGCUACGCUCACGAGAGCGGACGUGCAGUGCGGAAAAAUCACUCGAAUCCCCAACCUAAAAAAUAAAGCCAAAAUAAAAAACAAAUUAUAAAAAAAAACACCAUAACGCACACUCAAAAUUAAGCCAAACAAUAAAAAAAAACCAAAGCCCCGAAAAAUAAUAGGAAGCUAUUGCUUACGGUUGGUUGUGUUUCGUUUGAAUUUUAAAAUAAACCGAAAUAAUUACGAAAAUUACCAAAACAAAUAGAAUUUGAAAUUUUUCAUUCGUUUCGCUAGCAAAAAAUAUUAAAAAGUGUCUUGGAAAAAUUGUGAUUUAAAUAAAAAUAAACUAAGCGGAAAGAAUCUGAUACAAAAGUCAAGUGUCAGGCCAGUGAGAAAAUGGAGAGGAACAACAAUAACCUGCAUGCUGGCGAUCAGCAAAUGUUGGCCAACGGACAUGGACAUGGCCUGGCCAAUGGCAAUGGGGCGGUGCACUCCGCCCAGGUGGAGAGUCCUCCCCAGGCCCAGGCCACUACCUGGACUGAGAGCCUCCUGAAUAGCUGGGAUGCCUUUGCGGAUGUGGCCUGGUUCAUCAUUUGCUGCAUUGGAUAUAUCUUUCAGGAUCUGUACUACCUUGCCUUUGGCUAUCCCGAAAAGGAACUCAACACAGACAUUGCUCUGAUCACAGGUGGAGGCAAUGGACUGGGUCGCCAGUUGGCCGAAAGGCUGGGAAAGAUGGGAACCAAGGUCAUUAUCUGGGACAUCAAUAAGAAGGGCAUUGCGGAAACAGUUGAAAUUGUUCAAGAGGCAGGCGGCUACUGCAAGGGUUAUGUGGUUGAUAUUUCCAAAAAAGAAGAUGUCUACAAGGCAGCCGAUGUCAUCAGGGAGGAAGUUGGAGAUGUCACUUUGCUGAUCAACAAUGCGGGCGUUGUGUCUGGACUGCAUCUUUUGGAUACACCUGACCACUUAAUCGAACGAUCCUUCAACGUGAACGUUAUGGCACACUUUUGGACGACAAAAGCGUUCCUGCCAAAAAUGAUUGAGAAUGAUCGAGGACACAUUGCCACGAUCGCCUCGAUGGCCGGCCAUGUGGGCAUUAGCAAAUUGGUCGAUUACUGUGCCAGCAAGUUCGCAGCGGUUGGCUUUGAUGAGGCUUUGAGGCUGGAGCUGGAAGUCCUUGGCCAUACAAACAUCCGCACCACCUGCAUCUGCCCGUUCUUCAUCCAGGCCACUGGCAUGUUCGACGAUGUGAAUGCCAGAUGGGUCCCCACGCUGAAUCCCAACGAUGUGGCCGAUCGUGUCAUUGUGGCCAUCAGGAAGAACGAGAAACUGGCCGUCAUUCCCGGCUUCCUGAAGGUCCUUCUCUCCUUCAAGUGGACCUUCCCCUGGGGCUGUGUGGGCGGUCUGCUGAAGCGCCUGGUGCCCGACGCCUCCCCCCAAGGCCUGCCCAGCUCGAUAGUCAGCCCCUUGCCAUCGAAGUCGAACGCGAACGCGAAGGCGACGUCCGCCGACAUUGCCGCCUUGGAUGCUGAACUGAGCAGCGUGACGUUGCCGGCGAAGCCACCCUCGAUGCUGAUCCAGCGGACGCCGUCGCUGGGGGAGCGUGUCCUUUGAAGGGCCACGUCCUGCCACCUUUGCUACCGCUCUUGGUCCACCCCCAAGUUCUGUUACAAUAUAUCCACAUCUAAUUUUUGUUUGUUGUGUGCAUUUUAUGAGCGUGGAGUUACGAGCAUGUGUAAUUGAAUUUCGUGUUUUUGGCAUUUUUUCGCUGCGAGGAACCAUUUAAUAAAUCUAAGCUACAAAUCUA